UAUCAAUCGUCUACAGGUAUCAAAUAAGUCUCUCAUAAUUAGCCAUAAACAUCGAUAUAUCAGCACUCUGCAUAUACAGCACGAUGGCAGAUCCACAAAAGAUUGCCAUUGAACCAAUGGCCCAGCAGAUGCUCGUCCAGAAAGCUGGAGAGGAUUGGACCGGGAUCACUAGUACUGCACAACGACGAAAGCUGCAGAAUCGGCUGAACAAGAGGUCGCAAUAUCUCAGAAAACGUCAACAACUCGAAAAAAAUCGGCUUGCCUCGAAUAUCGUCGGUAAAGCCGGCCUACCCGCUGAGUCCAUGCCUUCAAUAGCACUCGCUCUUCAAGGGCCACCCGAUGCCAUGUUUGAAGUCAUUCGUCAAACUUGCGAAGUCUAUGAGAGGCCUGAUAUAAGCGAAAGGGUGUUCGCCGUUGCGUGCAAGACUUAUAUGGACUAUACCAUGAAUUCCCCUCGAAUAUCGCAGCUUCCACUCCUCAUCAGUCUCAACGUUACAAUAGCAGUUGCUAACAAUGCUACCGUGUUGGGAUUUGAUCGUACGCUUAUGUGCAUUGAUGAAGCUAUAUCACCGUUCAACCUCAAUGGACCUAUGAGUCCAGAUUAUAAUGCUCCAGUGGCGCUCCAACCUACAGAAGUGCAGAAGUCGGUGUUGCAUCACCCUUGGCUGGACAUAUUCCCAUUUCCAAAAUUCAGAGAUAAUGUCAUUCUGGCGGCGGAUGCGGAGUUAUUGGAUGAUGGCGAGCUUUGUGAGGAUAUAUCAGAGAUCAACUGGGAGAACGUUGAGAGGCCAAGUUUGAUCGUAUGGGGAGAUGCCUCCGUGCCGCAUUCCUGGGAGGCGUCGCCUUGGUUUUUAAGGAAAUGGGGUUGGCUACUUCAAGGCUGCCCUGAGCUUAUAGAAACAACGAACCAAUGGCGACAGAGUCGAGGAGAAAAGUUACUGAAGUGGAACAAUGAGUAGUAUAGGUAUUUCCAUAAUAUUCAUCAAUAAGUGACCGCUUCUUGGCAGCUAUUGGGCCGCAUGUAUGUCGUGGCCAAGGAUAG